UGGAAAGAGAGAAGAGGUCGAGGGCCCCUGAGUGAGCGUGGUGCCGCCAGGUGUAUAUAUAAAGGAGGUGCGAGCAGUGGCCAGCAUUAGUGAAUAUUAUCUUGCGGUGUUGUGAACUGCGGUGACACGCGAUAAUACUUGAGUGUACAGCAUGGCGCGGUGGGCGGCUCUGACUGGCGUGGUAAUGGUGGUGAUGGUGAUGAUGGUGAAUGCUGAUGACACGGCAGCAGAACAAGUGGAACCAGACAACACCAGUAUGCAGGCGACAGGUCGCACACUUUACGAAUGGGCCACAGACCUCAUGAGUUGGAUGGGCUUAGGUGAUGACUAUGACUAUGACUACGACUACGACUACGACUACCAGCUCUACUACCCAUCCGGCUCAGCACAGAUAGGGUACGGGUUGCCCUCUGUGGGGUACGCCGGCCCGUCAGGCAGUGGAGGCGGGCACGGGCACCACUCCUCCUACAGCAGCUAUUCUCCCUAUCCUGUGGUGCCUCACCCUCACCAAUUCUACAACGCCAGGAAGGAUGAUUAUGAGGACUCUUCCUGGUCCAUUGGUGACAUGGUGAUGGGGGCGGCGGCGCUGGCUGCACCAUUCGUCCUCCUCGCCUCUGCCAUGCCCACCAGCCUGCUCACUGUGGCCGUCAGGAGGCGCAGUUUUGGCGAGAGUUCAGAACUGGAGACACAGUUGGACCCAUCAGAGCUGCCCCUGCUCCACACCAUCCUGGAGGCCAGGGACUUCACUUCACUGCUCUCCCCACAGUGCCAACGCAAGCUGUUCUGUGAGAUCACCAAGAUUGGCGAGAACGAGGAAGCGUCAUUCAUGCAGCGGGCGUUCUAUUACGUGGCCAUGCUCACCCCUGACCGCCUUGCCCGCCGAGUUGGCCUGGCCAGGACCUUCAGGGCAGCCAGGAAUGGAGAGUGUGCGGCCCUGGUGUGUGGUCCGGACUUCCUCUCCUCCCUGGCUCCCCCCGCUGCCCUCCCACCCUCAAACCACCUCCCUCAAGAACCCUCCUCCUCCUCCUCUGCCUCCUCUUUAGACUCUGAGGAAUAGAGGUGCAGGAUGGAAAGAUUUGUAAGAGUGUGACAAACUUACAGACAUUUAUGUAUUUAUUUAUAUUUUUGUAUUGCAACAGUGACUCCUGACUGUU